CUGGUUUUCUCAUGUACGUCAAGCUUAAACUUCUUUCAGUUUGUUUUCAGAGGGAAGAAACUAAGCAUUUUUCAACAGAUCAACAUAGUUGCAUUUCGACAUGGGUGCCCUUGGAGCUCUUGCUAGACAUUUGGAUGCACUUAUUGGACCUGGAAUAAUGCUUCUGUAUCCUCUAUAUGCAUCCAUGCGAGCAAUUGAGAGCCCUUCAACGCUUGAUGAUCAGCAGUGGCUUACCUAUUGGAUGCUAUACUCAUUCCUAACCCUCUUUGAACUAUCUAUCUGGAAAAUCCUCCAAUGGCUACCCUUCUGGCCUUACGUAAAGCUUCUAUUCUGCAUGUGGUUGGUGCUGCCUAUUUUCAAUGGAGCAGCCUACACAUAUGAGAAUCUCGUGAGGAAAUACGUCAAAGUUGGGAUCAAUGUUAGCUCAAGCUAUCCUGAAAGACAAAGACGGGUUCUCCAGAUGAUGAGUCUUGAUGCAAGGAAGUCUGUGGAAAGAUAUAUUGAGAGAUAUGGUCCAGAUGCCUUUGAUAGAGUUGUCAAAGCGGCUGAAAAAGAAGCAAAGAAACACUAGGGAGGGAAUCAGAGAUGUCUCCCCACGAUCGUGUACUGAAAUUCUACUUCGCCUUCGAUGAUUGGAUCUUCCUAAUUAACUAUUUGACUAGAUUACAGCAAAACUACAGUACUAAAAAUUCACUUAGAUUUGGGCUAGAUUCUCAAUCACAUGCUGACUACUUUUAUACGUACUUGGAAUUGAAUGUACUUUUGUGAGGAUUAAA